AUGAAGCCAGAAGAGGAGAUGGAGGAGCGGCCCCCUUUAGCUUCCAUUAAAGGGAUUCCCAUUGUCAAGUACUUUACUGAGGUCUGGAGUGAGGUGGAACUCUUCGAACCGCAUCCAGAUGAUUUGCUCAUCUCCACGUAUCCCAAGUCUGGAACCACCUGGAUCAGUGAGGUUAUAGACAUGAUCCUUAAGGAGGGUGACACAAAGAAAUGCAAACGAAAUCCCAUCUAUGACCGAGUUCCUUUCUUGGAGUUUAAAGUCCCUGGACUCCCCUCAGGUAUUGAGCUACUGAGAAAAUCAUCCCCCCCGCGUAUGAUUAAAACCCACCUUCCUGCCCAGUUGCUCCCUGAAGCCUUCUGGACCAAGGAUUGCAAGAUGAUUUAUGUGGCCAGAAACGCCAAAGACGUGGCCGUCUCGUAUUAUUACUUCUACCAAAUGGCAAAUUUAUACCCCGAACCUGGAACCUGGAAUGAAUUCCUGGAGACGUUUAUGGCUGGAAAAAUCUCUUAUGGAUCCUGGUACGAUCACGUCAAAGGCUGGUGGGACAAGAGGAAGGAACACAGGAUGCUCUACCUCUUCUAUGAAGACCUGAAAGAGGAUCCACAGAGGGAGAUCCGGAAGGUCAUGGAGUUCCUGGAGAGGUCCCCUGACGCCCAGCUGGUGGAGAAGAUUGCCCACCACACCUCCUUCAAAGAGAUGAAGCAGAACAAGAUGGCCAAUUACAAGACCUUUCCCAUGUCAAUCAUGGACCAUAAUAUCUCCCCUUUCAUGAGGAAGGGAAUCACUGGCGACUGGAAGAACAUUUUCACAGUGGCUCAAAAUGAGAGGUUCGAUGCCCAUUACAAGAAGGAAAUGGAAGGAACGACCCUCCACUUCCGGACAGAGGUCUGAU